CUCCUGAGGAGAUAAGAGGGAAGGGCGAAGGAAGGGGGCGGGGAGCGAGCGCCCCGGAGCUCAAGGAUCGCGCUCCCCGAGCCUUGGCUGGAAGCCGAGCUCAGCCCACCGGAGAGGGGGCGCCCUAGAGCCUCCUUAGCCAGCAGCUGCGGAGAUGCUGAGAAGCCGGCUGCAGGGGCGGCGGGGCUGCUCCGGGCGGCGCUCGGGGCCACUGGCAGUCCGCCCCCGCCCCAUCGGGGCCCGCGCCGUGCGGGAGGCGGGGCUGCCCUGCUCACCUGGCCGUUUGGGGCGGGGCCGCCGGCGACCCGGGGCAGCGGAGCGCCAGUUCCUCUCCCGGUGGGGCCCGGGAAGGGCAGCGAACGCUAGACCCUGGAACCGCCGCGGCGGCAGCUGCAGGACCAUGGCCGAGCCCCGAGAGGCCGCGAACCCGGCGCCCAAGGCCUCCCUGGCACCGACCGCGCUGAGCCUGCGGAGCGCCCCGCAGCCCCGCCCCUCGAAAGUGGUCACCGGCAGCCUGGGCAGGUACCGGGGCCACGCCGCCGCCGCCGCUUCCCGGGAGCCCCUCUUCCACGGUUCGCUUAUGCUCUCGGGCUCGGGGCGCCGGCGGGGAGCGCUGCGGGAGCUACUGGGGCUGCAGGGGGCGGCUCCCGCCGGGUGGCUGUCGGAGGAGCGCCCAGAAGAGCAGGCCCCCGGCGGGUCGAGCGGACCGGGCGGCAGCGGGCUGUGCCUGGAGCCCCGGGAGCACGCGUGGAUACUGGCAGCCGCCGAGGGCCGCUUUGAGGCGCUGCAGGAGCUGCUGGAAGCCGAGCCGGGGCUUCUGCUGCGCGGCGACCCGAUCACGGGCUACACGGUGCUGCACUGGCUGGCCAAGCAUGGGCGCCACGAGGAGCUCAUCCUGGUGCACGACUUCGCCCAGCGCCAGGGGCUGCGGCUCGACGUGAGCGUCCCGGGGAGCGGCGGCCUCACGCCCCUGCACCUGGCAGCCCUGCAGGGCCAUGACAUGGUCAUCAAGGUGCUGGUGGGCGCCUUGGGGGCUGACCCCACGCGUCGCGACCACAGCGGCCACCGGCCCUGUCACUACCUGCGGCCCGACGCGCCCCAGAGCCUGCGGGAGCUGUCGGGGGCCGAGGACUGGGAGACGGCGGGCGGCAGCGAGCGGAUCAACGCCAACAACAAUAGCAGCGGCGGCGCCGCGUGGACGCUGCGACGGACCCCGAGCGCGGUGGGCGCAGCGGCCGUGGAGACGACAGCGAGAACCGCGGCGGCGCCCGGCAAGAAGGACUCGACGGGCAGCCGCAUGGCGCAAAUUCAUGGCCUUCUCCGCCACGUGUUCCCCUUUUUCCAGGACCGCUGAGGACGACGGAGACUAGAGGCUGCGGAGGGAGCGCGACGCGGUGGCGAGGCCUCGGUCCUGGGUUGUCCCGGGUCCCACCGAAGAGGCGGCGCCUCGGACGCGACUCUGACCACCGCCCAGUGCGCUGGGCCCGCAAGCAGCAGAGCACCUCGGGGUCUGUCUCAGGUACCUGUCCCAGGUCUCUUGCGGCCGCUGGCCAGGAGACCCGGGGAGCAAGGCACCCCUAACCGUGGGAGAGCAACGACCAAGCUGUCCCGGCCCCGAAUCCCAAAGCUACAGGACUAAAGGAGUUAGGAGCAGGAGUGUGGUCCUGCUUGCGAGAGGGAAAGUUAAGCUUCCAGUUGCCGUUUCUGGGCAGGUGGAAGCUCUGGGUUUAUUAGGAAACCCUUGCUAGAAGAGUGAGUUAAGACUGUGACCCACUGAUGGAGAGGAAGCGCCCAACUGCAGGCUUGACUUGGCUACUAACGGGUCACUUUGUGCUGGCAGAGUCAGCCCCUGGCAACCUGCUUCAGAGACUACCAGGCCUUUCUGGUACAUUUUCUAAUGUAUCACGGAUGACUUAAGUUUAUUA